AUGGCCACCGACACCAAUACCACCGUCCCUCAACCUCCAUCAGGCACCGAGGAGCCCCCCCGCAUCACCGACUUCUCCUUCACAUCCACCGAGCCCCUCCCAGCCAACUACACCCGCGAGCUGGACCCCUCGGGCCGCCCGUUCUACCGCAACAAGGACGACAACUCGGUCUCCUGGUAUCACCCGGCGGCUACGCCUCCAGCACAGGACCCGCAGUUGCCCAAGCACAUCGAGCGCUGCGUCGACGUGCGCGGUCGCUCAUACUACAUCAACCACGAGACCAAGACGACCAGCUGGCUCAACCCGCUCAAGAUCGACGAGUACCGCGCACGCGAGAACCCCUCUGUACUCGAUCACACCGAGGAUGGGCGCAUGCUGUAUUGGGUCAACUAUAAGACAGACACCGUGACAGUGCCGCAGGACCUGGCCGAGCUGCGCGCCAAGCACCCGUGGAUCCCAGAGAAGCGUGGAGACCCAAUUGGCAUGUAG